GAGACCAUAAUUGUUCACUUGUCUUAGCACCCAGCUUCAAAUAAAUACAUCCCCUUUCCCAUCCCAACAAUGGAUAAGUUAUAUAAAGUAACAUCCGCUCAAAAUAAUCGGGGGCUUGCCCCCCCUUCCCUUCCGACGCCCCCCUGGUUCGACAAAAAAUGAACAAUUAGCAUGGGUGGGCCACCUGUGCUCGACCCAGUCCCCACUCGGAAUCUGACAUGGCGGAUGAAGUGACCGCAAACCUUGCUUGAAAUCAUACUUAUAACGGAAGAGACAAAUGAUAAAGGCUGUGCUACUUUUAAAAGGUACGUCUUGAAAAUAUUUCAAUAAUGGAUGAACCCGAAACCGGCAUCAUCCUGUGGGCUAUUGAGUGGAUAAACGAGAACUUGACCAAACUUGGGGCCACGGCCGUGUACACUCUUUUCUUGAUGACCAUUAUGGGUCUCCUCCGAGGAUUCAUCCGCAAGCGACGACAGCACGAUGAAGACUCAAAACAGGAGUCUUCUUUCAGAAAGCUGUGUAAAUAUGAAAGUGCGUUAGACACGCUUCAUAAAUAUGGUGGGUCAAUAACGGCCAACGUUUUGCUGGUAAGGUCACGUGUAUCGGUUUCUACGUCUAAAGUACGGCGAGCUUUGAGUUGUCUGACUAAGCGCCAUCCAUUGUUACGCACAAUGAUCGACAGAAGAAAAGUCUAUUUUGACGGAAAAAAACGCAUCGAAAAGUAUUUGAAAGAGAUGGAAGUAACAAACUUUGCAGAACAUCAUCUCAGGCUAAAGGCUACAACUGCUGAUAAAUGGAUAACUGUAUUUGAAAGGGAACUACAGAAGCAGUUUCCCCCUAAAGGCCCUCUCUGGAGGUUUGUUAUGCUGAAAGAGCAAUUUGAUCCUGAAAAGAAGACUUACUUUAAUGCUUUUGUUCUCUCCACCCAUUUUCUGAUCUGCGAUGGAGUGUCAGCAUUGGCUUUUUUUAAGGAGUUUUUGGAUUAUCUCAAUUCAGAGGGGCAAGAUGUGGAAAAUGAAACAAGCUUCAAACUGCUUCCCACUUUCUCUAACUUGAUACAUCAUCACGCCUCAGCAAAAUCACUUUCUGCAUUGCUAGAUGAAAGGGCUAAAACCAUCAUACACAAGUUGUUUAGUAGACUUCAAACAAAGGCUCAAAAGCCUCGCAAGAACAUUUUCACUUCAAAGUUCUCCCCUGUUAUUUUAAAAAAUCCAACUGUAUUCAAGAAAACAUGUAUCUUGCCAAUGUCUCUAUCCAAGAUUGAAGUUAACCAUCUUGUCAGGGUGUGUCAAAAAAGGCAGUGCACAGUGCAUGGUGCAUUUACAGCUGCUGCCUCCAUUGCGAUGUCGGUGUUACUGGUCGAUAGUGAUAAUGAGGGAUUUACUACAAUUCCAGCUAGCGUCCAAAUCAACACCAGAAAAUACUGCAGUCCUGUGGCAAAAACUUGUCACUUAGGGUGCUUUGUGUUAAAUUGCUCUUUUGAAUCUAAAGCCAAGCCUUCUGCAGAGUUUUGGGAAGUGGCUAAAUAUUCUAGUGAUGCUAUUCAUCAAGCCAUCACAGAAGGCAAGCAUUUGCAAGGUGUCCGACUCAAUUUGCCCUACUCAAGUCAAAACAUCCCUCUUGGAGAGCUGUCAAACGAUGACACUGUGGCUGGAAGAACAGCAGAUCUGUUUAACAUUUCUAAUCUUGGAAAAUAUGUUAAUGAGUCAUUUGGUGAAGGAGAGCAGCCACUUGCCUUUGCUGGGUUUUACCAUGCUGUUGCUGAGCAUAAUGUUGGACCAGUAUUCUCUCACAAUAUUGCAACUGUAAAUGGUACUCUAUUCUGGGGAAUGACUUAUCAUACUAAUGUUGUGGUUGAUAAAGUUACCAGAAAUUAUGCUGACUUGGUGCUUGCUACCCUCAAAAAGGCAGUAGAAAAGCCUUGACUUCUUAAAAUACGUCUUUCUGUAUUUUUUAUACAUUUCUCUUCUCAAAGUCAUUCAAAUUAUAGAGCAUACCAAUGAUCUCACUUUUCCUUUUAAGUAGUGGAUACCAAAUAAAGCACAUCAUUGUUA